AUGGGCGCAAUCAAACGAAAAGCAGAGCAAGGCGCCGCGCCAUCGAAAAAGGCAAAGGGCGCAUCCACCGACCGAUCAGCGAAGCGACGGAAAUCUGAUGCCGAGCAGCCAUCACCGGCCAAGUCGAAGCCUGAGAGCGCUGCACCCAAGCCCAGUGUCUUCAAAGAUGAGGAGAAGUCGUUCCCCAGAGGAGGUGCCAGCGUCUUGACGCCGCUUGAGCACAAGCAGAUUUCGAUCAAGGCGAACCAGGAUGUUCUUUUCGAGCAGUCUGGCGAAAAGCGACCCAGCGGCGGCGACGAUGGAUUCAGCGACAUGGGAUCCGAGGACGAGGAGGGAUCCGCCGCAAAGUCCAAGAAGAAGCCGCUGCUCAAGAAGAGCAAGAAGUCGCACGACAGUGGAGAGAAGGACGACACCGUGAGGGCAGAGGGUCUGAGCUACAAGAAAUUGUCGCCUGGAACCAUCAUUCUCGGCCAAAUCACAGACAUAUCUCACCAAGACAUCGUCCUCGCGCUCCCGAACAACCUGGUUGGUUACGUCCCGCUCACCGCCGUGUCCGACAAGCUCAACGAGAGGCUAGAGAAACUCCUCAAGGAGGAGGAGGCGGACAAGCAAGAAGGAAGCGACGAUGAAGACUUUGAAGAUGUGCACCUAGAGGAUAUGUUCUCGGUAGGACAGUAUGUCCGCGCAUGCAUCACAGCGACAAGCGACGCCAGUGCAAGAGCACGAAAGAGGCUGGAGCUGUCCGUCGAUCCCAAGCUGGUCAACAAGGGCCUCAGCAAGCGCAAGAUACCCGUAAACAGCAUGGUGCAGGCUUCCGUAGUCAGCAAUGAGGACCACGGCUUGGUCAUGGACCUCGGCCUCGACGAUAGCAGCCUGAAGGGAUUCCUGCCAAAGGGCGAACUAGGUCCUAAGGUGCAACAUGCCAAGGUACAAGAAGGCGCCGUCUUCAUGUGCUUGGUUACCGGCCUUAACUCGGAUGGGCGCAUUGUCAAGCUCUCCGCAGACCACACCAAAGCAGGCAACUUGACCAAGGGCAACACGCUGACUGAAGCACCCACUGUCGAUAUUUUCCUACCAGGAACCGCCGUCGAUGUACUUGUUACCGACACUACAUCCAGCACGCUGACCGGCAAGAUCCUCGGUCUCAUAGACGCGACUGCCGACGCAUACCAUUCUGGAGCGACUGAGAAGGCUGCCGAUAUCUCCACCAAGCACAAGAUCGGCUCCAAAGUCAAGGCCCGCGUUCUGUUCACAUGUCCAGACUCCGAGCCCAGGAAAGUCGGUGUAUCAUUGCUAGACCAUGUGGUUAGUCUGUCCGCCCGCAUGUCUGGCAAACCCAAGGAGCGCAAGCCUCCGAUCGACCUCCUCCCCAUAUCCACCAUCGUUGACAGCGCGAAAGUUAUCAAAGUAGCGCCAAGCCACGGUGCUUUCUUCGAUCUCGGCAUCAAAGACGUCGUCGGUUUUGCGCACGUUUCGAGACUUUCUGACGACAAGGUCGACGUUCUCUCCGAAGAGGCCGGCGCAUACAAGCUUGACUCAAAGCACAAAGCACGGAUUGUAGGCUACAAUGCUUUGGACGGACUCUUCCAACUUUCGCUCGAGCAGAAGAUCCUUGAUCAGCCCUUCCUUCGCAUUGAGGAUAUCAAGGCUGGUGAAGUUGUCAAGGGUAAGGUGCACAAGCUCAUUGCUGACAAGAAGGGAGCUACCGCCGUUCUUGUUCACCUUGCCGAGGGCAUCACCGGUUUAGUUCCAGAGAUGCAUCUGGCCGACGUCCGUCUACAACAUCCGGAACGCAAGUUUAGGGAAGGUCUCCCUGUCACAGCCCGUGUGCUUUACACGGAACCCGCCAGACAUCAGAUCCAACUCACCCUAAAGAAGUCUCUCGUCAACUCAGAUGUUAAGCCAUGGACAAACUACUCCAUGCUCUCCAAGGGUGCUACUGGCCCUGGUAUCUUGGUCAGCGUUCGCAAGAAUGGUGCCACAGUACGCUUCUACGGCGACGUCAAGGCAUGGCUCCCAGCUGCGGAGAUGAGCGAAGCAUACAUCGAGGAUGCCACGCGACACUUCUCGGCCGGUCAGGUCGUCAACGUCCGUAUUGUCUCUGUAGACGCAAAGGAGAACCAGCUCUUGGUAUCCUGCAAGGAUCCCGCUGCCGUUGAUAUCAACAAAGAGGCUGCUUUCAACGCACUGAACCCUGGUGGCAUCGUCAAGGGAACUGUCAUCGAGAAGUCCGAUGAAACCGCUACUCUGGACAUUGGCCAUGGUGUCAAGGCUACCCUCCGCAUAGGUCACCUGACCGACGGAUCGGAGAAGAAGGACAUUUCGACCAUGAAGAAGAUUCGGGUAGGUGGAACUCUCGAGGACCUUGUGGUCUUGACAAAGCAUGGCAAGUCUAGGACAGCAACAGUCUCGAACAAGCCUAGUCUUCGAAAGGACGCUCAGGCUUCAAAGCUGGCAAUCAGCAUUGAAGAUCUCCAAGCUGGCGAGACAGUACAUGGCUUUGUGCGCGGCAUUCUUCCCGACAAGAUCUUCAUCGAGCUUGGCAACGGCAUAAGUGGUGUUUUGUUCAAGUCGCAAUUACCGGAAGACAUGCUUUCAGCGCCAAACUUUGGUCUUCGUAAGGAUCAGUCUGUCACUGCUCGUGUCACACAUGUGGACGCUGGGAAAGGAUUCUUUUGGCUGUCGAUGAAGAGUGAAUCUGAUCCAGAAGCGGCCAACGUCGUUGAUGCUCCAGCUUCGAAAGGGGAGGCCUUAGUAGAACCUGUCGACCCCAAGAUCACAUCUACCGACGACAUCAAAUUCGGCGCCCUAGCAACAGUCCGCAUUCGAUCGGUCAAAGACACACAGCUCAACGUUGAGCUUGCGGCAAAUGUUCCAGGACGUAUUUCGGUUUCAGAAUUGUUCGAUGGUUGGGAUAGCAUCCCAGACAAGAAGCACCCAACAGCACAUUUCAAGAUGAACGACAAGAUCCAGGCCAGAGUUCUCGGAAGGCACGAUGCCCGCAACUUCCGUUUCCUCCCCAUCACUUCCCGAUCAAACAACAAAACGCCCACUUUCGAGAUGACCGCAAACACCGAUAAAGUCAAGACUGAAGCCGACGUGUUGAGCCUUGACAAAAUCACCCCCGGAUCAUCUCAUGUCGCCUUCAUCAACAACAUUGCCGAGCGUUACGUCUGGGUGAACAUUUCCGCCAACGUUCGUGGUCGCAUUGAUUACUUUGAUCUGACUGACGACCUGGAGAAGCUUUCGGACGUUGCAGAGAAUUUUCCCGUUGGCUCUGCUCUCAAGGUUCGCGUCAAGGCGGUCGACGUUGCAGCCGGAAAGUUGGAUCUAACAGCUGCGACCAAUGUGACUGGCAAGUCAUUGACCCUUCAAGACUUGAAGGUAGGUCACAUCUUGCCUGCACGUGUCACAAAGCUACACGACACAUCUAUCGUCGUCCAGAUCAACGACAACAUUGCUGCACCCAUAUUCCAAGAGCAGUUGGCAGACGACUACGACAAGGCCAAGCCUAGCGAGUUCAAAGUCGGCGACGUCUUGCGCGUGUGUGUAAUCGACAUAGACCUUCCUAACAAGAAGCUGGGAUUGUCUAUUCGGCCUUCUAGGGUAUUGAGCUCUUCGCUACCGAUCAAAGACCCCGAGAUCAAGGACAGGGAUCAGCUCAAAGUGCAUCAGGUUGUCCGUGGAUUCAUCAAGCACGUCGCCAACAAUGGUAUCUACGUCCGUCUAGGGCCGCAUGUCGAAGCCUACGUUCGUGUCAGCCACCUCUCAGACGAGUACAUCAAGGAUUGGAAGUCUGCUUUCCAUGUCGACCAACUCGUCACUGGCAAAGUCAUCUCGAACAAGCCAGACCAACGCAAUCCACAGCUGAGCUUGAAGGCCUCUCACGUCCAAGGAACCUACACCGAGCCGGUCGAGUUCAGCGAUCUGAAGGCUGGUCAGGUUGUUGCUGCUAAGGUCCGGCAUGUAGAAGACUUUGGUGUCUUCCUGGUGGUUGACGACUCGAACAACGUCAGCGGUCUUUGCCACAUCUCUCAGUUAGCCGACACUACUGUCGACAAGGACAAGGUCAAGGAAAUGUACAAGAAAGAUGACGCCGUGAAAGCCAAGGUUUUGAAGGUCGAUCCAAAGACCCGAAAGAUCAGCUUCAGCUUGAAAUACUCUGAAGUCAAGGGUGACGACGAAGACGAGGAUGAAGACAUGGAGGAUGCCUCGGAUGUUGAGGCCUUAGAAGGAAGUGACUCAGAUGGCGGUAUCGAGCUCGAUGACGUAGACAUGAGGAGCGUCAAGAGUGCUGAUAGCGACGAUGAUAUCGAGCUUGCAGACGCAGGAGUCUCAGACGACGAGUCUGACGAUGAUGCGCCAAAAGCGGCAACACAGGGACUUAGCACUUCUGGCUUCGACUGGACAGGUGCUACUCUUGACUUCGAUGAGCAAAAGGGUGCCGCAGAACCUGAUUCCGACGACGAGGCCCCUAAGAAAAAGAAGAAGAGUAAGAAGGCUACCAUCAAAGAGGACCGCACUGGUGAUCUCGAUGCCUAUGGACCGCAAUCCGUUGCCGACUACGAGCGCUUGCUCCUGGGACAGCCCAACAGCGCAGAAAUGUGGGUUCGAUACAUGGUUUUCCAACGCGAACUCAACGAGAUCGAGAAGGCACGCCAGGUCGCCCGUCGCGCACUGGCGACCAUCAACCCCAGGGAAGAGAAAGAGAAGCUUGACGUGUGGACCGCUCUUCUCCAUCUUGAGAACGACUUCGCUAGCGACGAUGCUAUGGACACAGUCUUCAAAGAGGCGUGCCAGAAUAACGAUGCCCGCGAAGUGCAUGAGCGCAUGAUCAAGAUCUACAUUUCAUCAGGCAAGAUCGACAAAGCGGACAACCUCUACCAAUCCAUGAUGAAGAACAAGUCGUUCACACCCGACCCUCAAUUCUGGCUCUCAUAUGCAGCCUUCCUGAUGGACGUCGUACAGCCACCUUCCCCCACACGAGCUCGCGCUCUCCUUCAACGCGCCACCCAAUCCGUUGCAUCAACGCAACACCGCUACCUGACACAAAAGUUCGCCGCUCUCGAGUUCAAGAGCCCCAACGGCGAUGCCGAACGCGGCCGCACCAUCUUUGAGGGCCUUGUCGACACCUUCUCCAAGAAAGGCGAUGUCUGGGAUAUGUACCUCAUGUUGGAGCAGAGCCAUGGCAGCGCAGAGAACGUCCGGGAUCUGUUCGAGCGUAUGACCAAGGUCGGAAAGGCCUCGAGGAUACGGAGUGUGUUCAAGAAGUGGGCUGAGUGGGAGAGCAGUGUGGGGAAUAAGAAGGGUGUAGAGAAGGUUAAGGCACUUGAGGAGCAGUGGAGGGAGAAAAAGGCGGAGAAGGGUGAUGAUGCGUAG